CUUGAGCGCUGAGAGUACGCACUAAAGGCACAUUUGUAUAUUUCUUAAACCCUACUCAAUUCCAUUAUUCCUUCUUCUCACAGAUGCGCAGCCUUCUAGUUCUGGCAGCGCUCUCUUCAGCAGCGCUUUUCUCCAGCACAUUUGCAGCGCCGAACUACAACGAAGUCAACGAUGAUGCUCGGCCAACCACCGCACUUGUAAUCACAUCCAUAGCGCCUGCGCUCUCCUCUGCCAUGCCCCAGGCCAGUGCCGAAGCCGGUACUGCUACUAGCAUGGCGCCUAAUAUUGUGUACGUGACAGUGACACAGACAGUCAACGUCGAUGCUCUGUGCGGCGAGUCCUCGGGCAAGCAGCUCUGGGUCAGCACGCCAGCGACAACGCACAUGCCCGUGGCACCGACACGGCUGCCGCAGCCGCCCAGCGGCGUCGACACGCCCAGCGGCAAGGACCGGCCGAACAGCGAGCAGCGCGAAAGCAGCCCGGAUUUCUUCACACAAGUGUCUUCACCUGACUCUCCUGAAGAAUCCUCGCUUAUCCGUUCCCAGGACAGCUCGCACAGUGGCGUUGAAAGCGACUCGCGCGCAAUCCUGGCGCCCUUGGACCCGCACCAACAGAGCCCGCUGGACACCAACCAGAGGCUUCUGUAUAGGAACGCCGACAAUUCGUAUGUGCCCAAUGCGGGACUGUUCGAUCAGUCGCAGAUCAAGCGGCCGUUCCAGACAAACCGCUGGUGGCAGAACCUGGUUGUCGAGGACGGCACUAAUCCGAUUCACGUGUACCCGUAUAUGGUCAAGUGUCUGAGCAACUCGUCUAUCAUCGGGUUCCCAAAGUUCCAGGCAACCGAAACAGCCAUGACCAGCUCGCAGUCGCCCGACUGGACGCUUGAUGACGCCAACGGACGGCUGUCGCAGCGCCUGGUGACUGGAUACGAUGAUCUGGGCGUGUAUGUUGGGUGGUCGGGCUCGGGCCCUAUCAUGCGGUCGCGGUUCUUCAAGGGCAUGCCGUUUGUGACGUACGAAAUGGUGUCAAUAACCCCGCGACUGUCAACCAUCCACGCAGUGAUAAAGACCGAGCUCCUAUCGCACUCGGUCGGCAGUAACGGCGUGCGCACACUCAAGGAUAUUGCCAAGUUGACACGCUCAAUGACGGAGUUGCCAGGGCUGACCAAGAUCACGCUCAACGACAACUCAAAGUGGCUGGUGGUAUCCAAGCCCGCCAUUACGUGGCAGCAAAGCGGCAAUGUACUCAAGGGCCCGGACAACUUCAAAGGCACCGUGCAGCUGGCGCACCUAGGCGACAAUCCCGACGACAACAUCAAUAUUCUGCAGAAGUACGCCGGCACAUAUGCCACGGAGGGCACAGUCACCUAUACGAAGAUCCAGGAUAAGAUGACCGUGGGCCGCUCAUCGGAUCUUGUGUUCUUCUACAAGACAAAUAGCGACGAGGGCGGCUCAACCGACCGCAUCCGUGCAGCUAAUGAGGCGUCGACGCAGCUGGAGCUACUCAGCUUCAUGCUGCCGCACCACAUGGACUCGCUGAACAGCACGGCGGUCACCAAGGAGGACCUGUCGGGGUACCGGUGCGCCAAGGGGCCGUUGACGGCCGUUGUUGGCAAUAUGAUAAUCAUCAACCAGCCAUUGGAGCCCGUCGACUACGAGGGCCAGAACAAGCUGACGACGGCCGACCAGGACUCGAUCAAGCAGCAGCUGCUUAUCGACGCAUCCACCGGCAAUCAACGUCACAGCCCCCGAUCCUUACUUCUUCGGCAAGGGCCUGGCGCGCGUGGCGCGGCUCUACCAGAUCGCGCAGGAAGUCAAGGACACUGCGACCGCCGACCAGCUACGCGACCGACUGGUGCAGCUGAUGACGCCGUGGCUGAUAUCGUUCAAUAACGAGGACCCGCUUGUCUAUGACCAGACGUGGGGCGGCAUUGUGUCGACCAAGGGCCUGACUGACCCGGGAGCAGACUUUGGCCAGGGCCGCUACAACGACCACCACUUCCACUACGGCUACUUCCUGUACGCCGGGGCCAUCCUGGCCAAGCACGACGUGAGCGCCUUCUCGCCCUUCAAGGAGCCGCUAAACCAGCUGCUGCGCGACUACGCCAACCCGACCU